GAGACACAUGAAAUUGUCGCUAUCAAGAAAUUCAAAGACAGUGAAGAAAAUGAAGAAGUCAAAGAAACCACUUUACGAGAGCUUAAAAUGCUUCGCACUUUGAAACAGGAGAACAUAGUGGAGCUGAAGGAAGCCUUCAGAAGAAGAGGAAAAUUAUACUUAGUUUUUGAAUAUGUGGAAAAAAAUAUGCUUGAAUUGCUAGAAGAAAUGCCAAAUGGAGUUCCACCAGAAAAAGUGAAAAGCUAUAUUUACCAGCUAAUUAAAGCAAUUCAUUGGUGCCAUAAGAAUGAUAUUGUUCAUAGAGAUAUCAAGCCAGAGAAUCUCUUAAUAAGCCACAAUGAUGUUCUGAAGUUGUGUGACUUUGGCUUUGCUCGUAAUCUGUCUGAAGGAAGCAACGCUAACUAUACCGAAUAUGUGGCUACCAGAUGGUACCGCUCACCUGAACUCCUGCUUGGAGCCCCUUAUGGAAAGGCUGUGGAUAUGUGGUCUGUAGGCUGUAUUCUGGGAGAGCUGAGUGACGGGCAGCCCCUGUUUCCUGGCGAGAGCGAGAUUGACCAGCUCUUCACCAUUCAGAAGGUGCUAGGCCCACUGCCAGCCGAGCAGAUGAAGCUCUUCUAUAGCAACCCACGCUUCCAUGGCUUGCGGUUUCCAGCAGUCAAUCAUCCACAGUCUUUAGAGAGAAGAUACUUGGGAAUUUUAAGUGGUGUAUUGCUUGAUCUUAUGAAGAACUUACUGAAGUUAGAUCCAGCAGAUAGAUAUUUGACAGAACAAUGUUUGAACCAUCCUUCGUUUCAAACCCAAAGACUCUUGGAUCGCUGUGGAAGCUCUCCUUCACGGUCAGCUAAGAGAAAACCUUACCACGUAGACAGCAACACAUUAUCUAACAGAAAUCAAGCCAGCAAAAGUUCUGCUUUGCAGUCGCACCACAGAUCAAACAGCAAGGAUAUACAGACGCUAGGGGUUGGUGGGCCAAGAGAAGAGGCUCUUCCAGCAAAUGAAAGCUUUUUAAAUGGAAACCUUCCUGGAGCUGCACAUAGUCCAAUGCAUACAAAAAAAUCAGGCAACACACCUGGAUCUGGCAACAAGGAUCUGGCCAAUAAUAACAUGCCGCAUCUUCUCAGCCCGAAGGAAACAAAGGCAAAAACAGAAUUUGAUUUUAAUGUAGACCCAAAAAGUUCUGAUGGUUCGGGCACAAAGUACCUGAAGUCUAACACCAGAUCUCAGCAGAACCGUCACUCGUUUAUGGAAACCUCUCAAAGUAAAACUGGGACACUGCAACCCGGCGAUAAGCACAGUCGCCACAGCUACAUUGAUACCAUCCCACAGUCUUCUAAGAGUCCUUCCUAUCGGACAAAGUCAAAGAGCCAUGGGGUUCUGACAGACUCGAAGUCCGUGGGCAACCUUUCAGAGGCCAGGGCCCAAGCUGCAGAGCCGAACAGCAGCAGGUAUUUUCCAUCCAGCUGUAUGGACUUGAACUCUCCUACCAGUCCAACUGCUCCUCGACACAGUGAUAACAGAACUUUGCUCAGCCCAUCCGGGAGGAACAAUCGCAGCGAGGGUACCUUGGACACCCGAAGAUCAUCAACAAGGCACUCCAAAACAAUGGAGGAGUUAAAACUGCCAGAUCACAUGGAUGGAAGCCAUUCCCACUCUCUGUCUGCUCCACACGAAUCCUUUUCCUAUGGUCUAGGUUAUACCAGUCCUUUUUCUUCACAGCAGCGCCCUCAUAGACACUCUAUGUAUGUGAGCCGGGACAGAGUGAGGUCAAAGGGCUCAGAGGGUGGCUUAAGCAUAGGGCAAGGGAUGGCAGCCAGAGCAAACAGCCUGCAACUGUUAUCUCCACAGGUGCAGCAUAAGUCACUCACAAGAUCUGUUGGCUCGUCACGAGAAGACUGUACAGAAGAUACUAAUAGGGGUGGAGCAUAUCAUGAUCCACACACAGAAGAUGGAGCAUCUACUAAGGAAAAUAGAAUUCUGUAUAAUGACCCUGUUCCGAGAAGAGUUGGCAGCUUUUACAGAGUUCCAUCUCCACGUCCAGAGAGUACGUACAUAGAAAACAACGUGUCCAACAGAGCCUCUGUGUUACCAGCAGACAGCAGCACGGUGGCGAACCACCCAAAGAGACAAACCACCUUUGAUACCUGGAAAAGUCCUGAAAACCUUAACAGUCACUCAGAACAGCUAAAGGAGAAAGAAAAGCAAGUUUUUUUCAGGGCAAUAAAAAAGAAAAAGAAGAAAUCUCAAACCACAGACUCAACCAACGGGGAGAAUCCAAGCAUCAAGAAAUCCCUCUUUCCUCUUUUUAAUUCAAAGAAUAAUUUAAAGCAUAGUUCUUCUUUGAAAAAGCUUCCUGUAGUCACUCUACCCAUGAUGCCUAGCAGUGAUGGCCAGGAUCUCUUGGCAUUACAGAAAGCCAUUCAUUCUUCUAAUCACCAGAGCAGCAGGCAGAAGGAUUGGCAUCCUGAGAAGAUAACAGAAAUCCAGCCUCCUAGCCAGCCUUUAAAAUCCCUUCGAAAGCUCUUACACCUCUCCUCUUCAAAUCACCCUGUCCCCGCUGAGCCUCGCUUCCAGCCCUUACCAAGUCAGCCAGCCAAAGCCCCUUUUCCCGAAGUGCGGAUUCACCCCAUGAGUCAAAGCUCCGGCAGCGGCGGCAGCAAUGUGCGGCAGGAGCCUCAGCCGAAGAGCAGGCCGGCGCUGCAGAUCCCAAGCCAGCUGGAACCGACCUGGCACGUCUCCCCCGUGAACAGGGGCGCCAGUGAUGGGCCCCCCUACUCUGACCAGCUGCCUUCCAAGAGCGGACAGAAUGGGCCCACGUACAACCGAACGAACCGGUCGCGGAUGCCGAACCUGAAUGAUUUGAAAGAGACAGCCUUGUAA